AGUCUACAUCUUUAUCGACAAUCUCAAAUUCUUACAUGAAUGCUUCAGCCAAUGUGCGUAGUCUUCGGGCACACUCUCACCAUCUUCUUCUCCUCCGAGGUUGCUCAACUUCACUCUUCCAAAACCUUCCAAUUUUACAACUAAUCAAGCAAUGCUCGACCCCAAAGCUUCUGGAGUCUGCUUUAGCCGCCAUGAUCAAGAUGAGCCAAAACGAAGACUGUCACUUAAUGAACCAAUUCAUCACCGCCUGCACUUCCUUUAACCGUCUUGAUCUUGCAGUUUCCUCCAUGACCCAGAUGCAGGUACCUAAUGUUUUCGUCUACAACGCGUUGAUUAAAGGCUUCGUUACUUGUUCCCACCCGAUUCGAUCUCUGGAGUUCUAUGUUCGUAUGCUUAGAGACUCUGUUUCUCCAUCUAGCUACACAUACUCUUCACUCGUAAAGGCUUCUGCUUUCGCUUCUGGGUUUGGGGAAUCACUUCAGGCGCACAUUUUCAAAUUUGGGUUUGGGUUACAUGUUCAAAUUCAGACGACUCUUAUUGGUUUUUAUUCAGCCUCUGGUAGAAUCAGGGAAGCCAGGAAAGUGUUCGAUGAAAUGCCUGAGAGAGAUGAUAUUACUUGGACUACGAUGGUUUCAGCUUAUCGCCAGGUUUUGGAUAUGGAAUCUGCGAGUUCUUUAGCUAACCUAAUGCCUACGAAGAAUGUGGCUACGUGGAACUGUUUGAUUGAUGGAUUUAUGAAAUUAGGCAAUCUGGAAAUAGCAGAGUCAUUGUUUACUCAGAUGCCUGUGAAGGACAUAAUCUCAUGGACCACUAUGAUCAGCGGUUACUCACACAACAAGAGAUAUAGUGAAGCAGUUGCAGUGUUCUACAGAAUGAUGGAGGAAGGGAUUAUUCCUGAUGAGGUCACUAUGUCAACUGUUAUUUCAGCUUGUGCACAUCUCGGUGUGCUGGAGAUAGGUAAGGAGGUUCAUAUGUACAUGGUACAGAAAAGGUUUGUUCUUGAUGUUUACAUUGGUUCUGCGCUAGUAGAUAUGUAUUCUAAAUGUGGUAGCUUAGAGCGGGCACUUGUGAUAUUCUUCAAUUUGCCAAAAAAGAAUCUCUUUUGUUGGAACUCGAUCAUUGAAGGGCUGGCGGCUCAUGGUUGUGCACAAGAAGCACUGAAAAUGUUUGCUAAGAUGAAGUCGGAGUUAGUCAAACCUAACAGUGUUACUUUCGUGAGUGUUCUGACUGCGUGUACUCACGCAGGUCUUGUAGAGGAAGGCCGGAGAAUAUAUCAUAGCAUGGUUGAUGAUUAUUCCAUUGUCUCUAAUGUUGAACAUUAUGGAUGCAUGGUUCAUCUAUUCAGCAAAGCUGGGUUGAUCUAUGAGGCUCUUGAAUUGAUUGGAGAUAUGGAGUUUGAACCAAAUGCGGUUAUCUGGGGGGCUUUGCUUGAUGGGUGCAGGAUUCACAAGAAUCUAGAGAUAGCUGAGAUUGCGUUUAACAAACUGAUGGUUUUGGAGCCAACGAAUAGUGGGUAUUAUUUCCUUUUAGUUAGCAUGUAUGCAGAAGAAAACAGGUGGAGAGAUGUUGCAGAGGUUAGGGGAAGGAUGAAGGAGUUGGGUAUAGAAAAGAUAUGUCCUGGAACAAGUUCGAUUCGGAUAGAUAAACAAGAUCAUAUGUUUGCUGCAGCUGAUAAGUCUCACUCAGCUUCAGAUGAAGUUUUCUUGUUGCUUGAUGAGAUAUAUGAGCAGAUGGGAUUAGUUGGAUAUGUUCAGGAAAGUGAGUAUGUAUAUUAAAGUGACUAAAAGCUAAACAAAUCAUUGGAGGAUAUAACCAGAUAGAAGCGAUCAGUUGGAGCCGCAGAGGCAUUCCUUUGCUCAUUGUGAGAUUUGGCAAUCACACCUGUGACCGAUCGUGGACCGCUGGAGUACUAAGCCUUCGCAUUCUAUAAGGUUCUCUAAUGAAGCAGACUGCCACCAUGAGGUUUACAGGCACCGUGGUACAUCUCGGAGGUGGAGUGCCAGUGAGAUUCUUUGGAUCAUGAUGCUCUACCCCCAACGCCGAAACAGGGCUAAUGCAAAAGAGCAGAUCUUGUGGUCCUUGAGCUCACUACGAUUUUGGUUUGUUUCCUCAAGUUUCUGAGUCACAGUGAAAUUCAUGAUAUAGGAAACGGAUUGUUGGCAGAGCCUUGACGAUCUCUGUUUGCAACUGUCUCCAAUGCUGGAGAAGAACUGUGGCACUGGAACAGAUCGUUCGGUUCUUAUGCUUGGUAAGGUGCUGAAGCUGCUUCUUGAUGUUGUUUACUUGCAUGACUCUCAGUGUUACAAAGAAAGUCAUGAGCUUCGUACUGUCCACCUGCCUUCUAUGCCGUCUCAAACACCUUUACAAACUCAGUUUCUUGGUUUUUGAGCUUGUGAGCAAACCGGAUGUUUCUUCCUUUUUCUCUGUUUCUUGUAUCCUGUAUCCCAUUGUAGUGCGUUUAUGAUUCCUAAACUAGAGCAAGUAACAAAGUAGCCAUUAAAUC